AUGGCGCCCGCCCCGAGGACCCCUAGAACGACUGGGACUUCGCGCCCGCGAGGUCGACCGAAAGGCUCUAUCAACACUGUGCGACGCGUUCGAGACGGCAGCAUUGUAGCUGCUACUGAGCCUCCUUCCAAGCGACGACGAUAUGCUGCUGGUGGUCCUGGGGGUUCUAGUAGAUUUACUGAUCCUAUGGGCAACGGUCAAGAUGGUCCAACCGUUGCGACUACCGGCCGCUCGAGGGCGCGGCACAGUUCGCAAAACGGUGCGGCAUCCCCCGCUAUAUACCCUAGACGCGAACGUAGCACCCGCACCCGAACCGCAACUCGAGUUGAAGUAGAUGACGAAAAACAAAUAAGCUCCGCAGCUGCAGUAGCCGCCGUCGUCCAGAGUGAAGGAUACAAACCCAGAGAAGAGCGUGGUUGGGAGGAAUUUCACCCGAACCUUGAUAUAGACGCCACGUUUAUGAUGUUUCAUGCCGAAGAUGUGGAUGGAACCGCGAAACCUGUACCUGAGACUCCCUCAGCAAAAAUUGCUGGCAUGGAUGACAAUGAUAUCGGUGGCCUGUCGAAAGAUCCAAAUGCGGCAUCAACAUCUUUCCUACACACACCUAAUGCCACAACAAGCAACACUGUAUCCCUCAAUACACUUAAUACAACUCCAUCUAGAAGACGUGGCGGCCGACUAUCACGGGGAGAUUCCUUAUAUGCUACUCGUGGGGAUCAGCAAGUGGCACCAAAUACACCUACCCCACUCCCUAUCCAUGGCCAGAACACUAAAGAGAAGCUGGAUCUGAAACAACCCUCAUAUAGAAAGACGGAUCGCAUAUUGCUUUUUGAGAGUAAGACUUUUGGGCAAGCACGAUAUGUUGAAAAGGCAAUGAUGAAUGUCGGAUACCAGGAGAGCGACAACUUUAUCCGACCGGAUCGAAAAUUGAUCAAGGCAAGCGAUGCCAACAUUGAAGACGAAGCCGACCAGGCUGCUGCCGUGAAGGUCGAUGGUGAAUCCUUGCUUCAGCCAACAAGUAAUCUUGGCCGUGUCGAAUACGAUAUGGAUGAACAGGAUGAUAUGUGGUUGGAGACGUACAAUGCACACAGAAAAUCACAAGGCUUAAACCCCGUCACCCGUGAGGUCUUCGAAAUUACCAUCACUAAAAUUGAAAAGGAAUGGCAUGCCUUAGAAAAGAGAAUACCGAAACCUAAUCCUAAGCCGCCGCAAACCCAUAGGCCCCGAUCUAGUUCAGCCGCGGCCGUUAAUGGCGAGCCGCAGGCCGGAGAGGAGCAGGAUAGCAAAUGCGCGAUUUGCGAUGAUGGAGAUUGCGAAAACACGAAUGCAAUUGUGUUUUGUGAUGGGUGCGAUCUGGCGGUCCACCAGGAAUGUUAUGGUGUUCCAUUUAUUCCGGAGGGCCAAUGGUUGUGUCGAAAAUGCCAGCUCAUUGGUCGUGGCAUCCCAACUUGUAUCUUCUGCCCCAACUCGGAUGGCGCUUUUAAGCAGACCAACUCGUCAAAAUGGGCGCAUUUGCUCUGUGCCAUGUGGAUCCCGGAGGUUACGCUGGGCAAUCAUACCUUUAUGGAACCCGUCAUGGACGUGGAUAAGGUCCCAAAGAGUCGCUGGAAGUUGACUUGUUAUAUCUGCAAUCAGCAGAUGGGUGCCUGUAUACAAUGCGGUAACAAGGCAUGUUAUCAGGCCUUCCAUGUGACCUGUGCCCGACGCGCCCGACUGUUCUUGAAAAUGAAGAACAGUUCAGGUGCCUUGGACGUCCUUGAUGGUAGUACUAAUCUUAAAGCACUCUGCGACAAGCACUGCCCUACUGAGUACGCAAAGGAGAACGAUGUAGUUCGCGCUACUAAGAGAGCGAAAAAGUUCUACAAGAAAACCAUGAAGGAUCGCAUCUGGGCCAAUAGCCAAGCUAAGGCCAUGUCUAUUGCAGCGUCGCACCGGAAUGCGAUCACCGAACAUCCACCGGACGAGUCACAAAUGACUGGAGCUAAAUUGUCCGCCGUCCUCGGGGAUAAAAAGGGACAAGCAGGAAAAUCAAUAUGGAAGCUACCGUCUGGGGCCCCCGUGGUACCACAAGCCGUCUUCGAGGUGGUCGAGGCAUCACUACAGCGCUUCAAUUUCCUCAAGCGUAAGGAAUUUGUGAGCGAUGCAUGUCGGUAUUGGACUCUGAAGCGUGAGAUGCGCCGUGGUGCCGCACUUCUCAAACGUCUACAGCUGCAGAUGGAGACCUUCUCUUCUAUGGAGCUUACGCGACGUAACUUUGCGGCCAUGGGUCCUUCCGGCAAGGCUCGUCUAGACAGAAGGAUUGAUUUCGCUCUAGCCCUUAUCGAGGACCUAGAACAGGUCAAGGUCAUGUCGGAAGCUAUUGUUCAAAGAGAGCAAAGCAAGCUCGAGGCGGCUGAAAUGGAACAGGAAUUUGUCGACACAUGCUACUUCCCGGUUCAUAAGAUGCUUCCACCGGUUAUAGAGAAGGCCAUCGCGCUCGACAAGAAUUUGUUCCACGAAGGACUCAUGAAAUUAUCAAACAGGAUUGAUGAGCGUUACUACACCACAACGCUAACCUUCACCCAUGAUCUCUGCGAAGUAAUUAGCACCGGGGUUAACGCCGAACCCAAGUUUCUAGCGGAAUUACAGCAGAAGAUCGUCCCAGUCACACCAGCGGCCUCCAAAUCCGACUUCUCUGAUUAUCGGGAUCGGAAGAAGCUUGGUAAAAGAAUUCUUAAGUCGAUUCAGCCACAGCUAGAGACGGCGCUGCGUCUUGAGGCCGAAGCAGCACACAAGCCGUUUGAGAGCAUGAAACAAGAGUUUGAGUCCAUGAUGGAAGCAAGUCUUGAGUUGCACAAACAAGCUGUCAACCAUGAAAAUGCUGAAACUGAGCGAAGUCAGGAUGUUAUUAUGGUUGACUCAUCAGCUCAAGAGAUCACAGUUGGCGGUGAAGCCGACAGCUCUACUCCUACAAGAGCGACAUCUGGUGAUGUCCCCAUGGCUGAAGCCGGCAGUCAGUACGACGUUGCUAGUAGCAGUGGUAAUAUUGAAGUUAACACCUCCGGCCUUGAAAAUGACGAAAUGGACGGUGUUCAAUCGACCACAAAUACCACAUCUGACCAGGGUGUUUCAAUUGUCGAUGGGAAACCAGAUGGAAUGCCAACUGAAGGCGUACAAUCGAUGGAUACGCCACCAGCUACAAAUGGUUACGUGGGCGCGGCACCGUCGCUGCAGCCUGCGCCACCUACCCCACCCCAAUCAAAUGGUAGUCUAGGUCACCAACCCACUGAUCCCCUUGCCGAUGGUGGCGUUGUGUGGUACCUACAGGAUUUUGAACCUAAAGGAACAUCCGCUAUCCAGCAACAAUGGCAGGGUCGAAAUGCUGUCCGGAGCCUUAGUGAAGCGCUCACUGAGAUCGAUGACGACGAACUUAAGGGCCUCGCCGUCGAGGUUCAGGAAGAUAGCAUCACGGCAUCACCAGCUAAUACUACCGAAGUCGUGGAACCACCAGUGACCCCCGCUGUUGCCGCCCCCACCCCAUCAAAAAAGAGCACUACAAAGGCAAAGAAGCGUAAGGCGCCUGCUCGAAGACGAUAG